AUGGUUAAAUUAACUAAUGCCCUCUAUUUGGUAUUAGGAGUGUUAUUUCUCCAGGCCCUCUUACGCACAUCACAGACGUAUGCCCCAUUCAUUGCAAAUGAUACUCGUCGACUCACUUUUGCCAAAGAAACUGGUUUGCGCGUCAUCUCAGGGUUACACUUGGACUAUUUGAAGGGUAAUCUUUUUACUUUGGCGUCCUCUUUAGUCGCCGUUUUCAUUUCUUUGCUGCUUAUGGUGACUAAACACAACUUCAUCGCAACACCAUUUUUGUUCGUGUCAGUCGUCAUCUUGCACUUCGCGAUUUUGACUAUAGACAACGACUCUGUAAAACUGAUAGAUGAUGCUGCCGCCUUUGCGUUAAAAGUAUCGAGUUUUCCAGUCUCACAAAUUGGGGGGUUGAUAUUACAGUUCUUCCACAUAUUGUCUGAAGCACUUCCAGUGGCAAAGGGGUAUAUGACAAUAUGGAUUAACGCCUUCAGUGGCUCUAAAAUUGUAUUUCCAAGUGCCUUACUUUUUGUUCUAGCCUUUGGCUUGAUCAACAAGAAGAUGCAACUCGCAACAUGUUUAUUUGUACCGACACUCGUGUUCUUCUUAUUUGGUUUAGAUGUGACGGCAGAAUUUUCUAAGACGAAUGGAACAUUUGUAUCAAUCCAACUUCUCUUGUUAUCGGUAUUUCUCUUAGUGUGUCUCUUCAAUGGGUUUCUUCAAAUCGAGGCUUUCAUAUUAGCCCCAAUUUACAUCGUCUCAAUCAUAUUCGCUUCGCAACAACUCAUGUUAUUCAUUUCCACAUUAAUUGCCAUUCCAAAGUUUUCUCUUGACAUUCUCUUCGUCACAAUUUACAUCAUGUUGUUCUGUUUAAUCUUCUUCAAGAAGAUCGGGUCAUCUCUCGUGCCAGCGUUCCUCGUGUUCUUAGCUCUUAGUGUGUUGCUCGGUACUAUACCAAUCGUCUAUUUAGUCCCAGUGUUCUUCUUCACACACUCCUUUGCUUCGUAA